AUGUUGUGUUCCUUGGUAGAAUUCCUCCUGUGGGUUGUUGCGUGUGUGCAGCCGCUGUUGGCAGGCGUCCAACUCUGCCGCUCGGCACGAGAGGGGCGAUUGGUGGACGCAGCGCUCAUCACGAACCUGACGCUGGCCAUGAUUCUUUUGUGGCUGCUAGAAUUGCUAGAUGUACUUUUUCUCUCGUAUCUCUUAUCCAUGCGAACCCUCUAUAUUUCGGCCCGCGUCAUUUUCUCCCUGUACCUUCUUCACCCGAGAUUUUGCGGGGCGACAAGGGUGUACAAUCGCUUCCUUGCAUCUUCUGUGGCUUAUUACGCGCCGCUAGUGGACGGCUUUGUAGUGCGGCAUCUUGUGGAGCUCGAACAUUCCGGCUUUAUUUGUUACUUGAGCAAUGCAGGGCGUUCCCUGAUGCUCAUCAGCGUCGACUUGCUUGAUGUGGCCAGUCAGUUAGUGUUUUCUGCUUCAACGUCGACAGGACCCUCUGAAAAGAAGAAAGGAGCGGGAGGGCCAGACGUUGUGGAGUCACCAACUGUUCCGCCACAAUUGAGUGAUAUUUUUUUUGAGUCAAAGCAGUGA